AUGGACAAUAUAAGUGAAGUUUUUAAAACUCUAGAUGUUCUUUAGAAUGGAUAACCUAAACAAUAUUAGCAUAACCAAACUUAGAAUAUUGCAUUAUUGAAGGAGAAUUAUAAAAUUCAAUUUUUAUUUGUAUAAAACCAAAAUUAAUUAUCAAAUCAUACUUCAAUUCUCUUAGAUGAACUUGUCUUUGUUUAAUCAGGAUCUUCUGAAGACGGUUCAUUAAUGUCAUUUUCAGUCUUUUCUUACACUUUUGUAUAGAUUCUCACAAGAGAUGACCUCACUAUUACUUAAUGGUGUCUUUCCCAUUCGAUGAAUCAUCAUGUCACUAAAUACUCAGAUAUUAGGAAGAGUGUUCCUACUUAAAACAACUGA